AUGGGCUAUCCAAUCCCCGGAAAUCCCAGUAUCGUACCCGGUAACUGCAUAGUGGCACAUGCCACGGCUGCUGAAACACUGUACGUCUUCACAAACCAAACUCUCAAUCUCGAUCUAAUGACAAUGGCAGUCUCCGAAGGCCUCGGCGUAUCCCGCCUCCCCGUCAGCGCCAGCAGCACGGCAUACCAUAUCCGGACCUCCUGGGUACAAGGGGCACUAAGCGAUCCAUGUCUCUUCCAUGCGACGUUAUACGCAGGCUCCUCAUAUCUCGACAUCCAACAGGGACACAGACCGAGCGCAAUCACGGUUCACCACCGCAGCGAAGCUAUCAGACACCUGAAUGAGCGGUUGUCGAACCUUGACUCUGCCCUUGACGACCGAACUUUGAUUGCCAUCACGCCAUUGGCUAUGUUUGCUGGCCUCAAUGGGGAUCGGACAGCAGGAGAUGCCCAUCGCGAUGGGCUGCGGAAGUUGGUUGAGAUGAGAGGGGGGCUUGAUAAACUAGGCUACAAUGGUCUUGUUGCUGCUGUCAUUCAAAUGUCUGCACUGAGAACCGUUCACCAAUUCCUUCGACUGACAUUAUACAGGAAUACCAUCAUCUACCACAUUGCCUUCGACAUCGACCCGACGUUGACACACGCAGCCCUUGGUCCUCCUCCCACUGGAGUCGAAAUGCGCAUCCUCGAUCCCUCCAAAGAAGCAUCGGCCAUCCCGUCGUUACCAGCCAUCCUCGCCAUGUUCCAGGACGUCCUGAACGUAAAGCUAGCAUGGCAGCAACAGCAAACACCCGAGUCCCAACAGGGACAUAACAAUAGCCUGCAAGAAUACACCAACACCACAUCAUCACCCUCCCUCAACGACCCCAUCUUGCACUGCUGCCAUCUCUCAGUCACAAUCUUCCACCUCAUCAUGCAAAGCCACGACUAUGAUUCCUUGUCAAAGUCAUCAGCACUAAAUGCUCUCGCGAGCGAGCUGCAAGCAUCUCUAGCUCGAACCGAGACCGAACUCUGGGUCCGUCACAUCCCAGCCAUACUCAGCUGGGUCUGUUUGACUGGGGCUGCAGCGUCGAAUGAUGCGCGCACAAGGAUCUGGUUGUAUUUCCGGCAGGCGGCGGCGGUUCGGGUGUUGAACGUGCGCGGUCGGUCGUCGUUUGUGGAUGAGUUGUGGGCGCACUUUUACUGGUUAAGGGUUAUGAGGUUGAAUAUAGGUAAUGUCCAGUAUGUGGAUAGGAGGAUCGAGGAUGUAUGUUAG